AUUUAAUUUAUUCAUAGGCAUACCUUGACUGUUAACUUCCUGGUGCAGCAGCGGGUAUCACAAAGGGGACGUGCGAAAUAGUGAACACUAAUAGCCGUUGAUGCUAUGCCUGCUACUUUGUAUGCAAAUGCACACUUGAGUUUUAGUCAUUGUUGCAGAAGAGUCUUGCAAGGCCGGUCUCGUCAUACUCUUGUAGGGAGACCCAAUUUCUCUACCGCUCUUAGCGCCCACGCAGCCCUAAUGGUUGAGGACAGCGCCUUAAAAGCUCACCCGGAAAGGGAUAUACCAGUUGAGCCUUUGGAUUCUUUUGUGGAGGGUAGCCCGGCGGCGUCGGCGGUCGCAGUUGCAAGACAAAUGGGCGGAGAAAACCCGGCAGCUUCCAGGCCGCUGUUGAGCGUUGCUCCUAUGAUGGACUGGACGGACGUUCACUUCCGCCAGCUGGCUCGGCUGCUGUCUAGACACACAUGGUUGUGGACUGAGAUGGUGGUGGACAAGACCAUCAUACACACGCAGAACCUGGACAAGUACCUGUGGUUCCCACCGGAGCAGCGCCCGCUGGUGCUGCAGCUCGGCGGGUCCGACCCAGCCACGCUGGCGGCGGCUGCGGCGCGUGCAGCGGAGUACGGCUACGACGAGAUCAACCUCAACUGCGGGUGUCCGAGCGACCGAGUGGCGGGUGCAGGCUGCUUCGGUGCCGCUCUGAUGCUGCAGCCGGCACUGGUGGCGGAGUGCAUGUCGGCCAUCGCCGCGGCGGUGGAGGGCGUGGUGGGGCCAGCAGCUGCAGCACCAGCACCAACAGCAACAGCAACACCUGUGGGGGGGAGUGGAGAAGCGGAGGAAGGGCCCGGAGAGGGACCGGAGAAGGGGAGCACCGGGGCAGGUUCGCCACCGGCACUUCCGCUGCCGUCGCUGACGGUCAAGUGCCGACUGGGGGUGGACGAGGCGGACAGCUACGAGCAGCUGCGGGAGUUCGUACGAGUGGUUUCGGAGCGGUCGCCGGUACGGCAUUUCGUGGUGCAUGCGCGCAAGGCCUUUCUGAAUGGUUUGUCACCGCACCAGAACCGCACCGUGCCCCCGCUGCGGCACCACUGGGCCUGGGCGCUGGCUGCGGAAUUCCCGCACCUGCAGUUCUCCCUCAAUGGCGGGGUGCUGGGCUGCCACGAGGCCCGCGCGGCGCUGCUGGCGGCGCACCCCCAGGUGCCCUACACGCGACCCGUACUGCCACCCUCGGACCCGUACGCCGCCGCGGCAUCGGUGUGUGCCACCUCCUCCUCUCUUUCCCCUUCCUUCUCCACCGCUACGUCCGUCGCAGCGCCCGCAGCAGACCCGGCUGGCCCACAGGAACAACACGUCGACGGAGCUGAUGCGGGUGAUGGCGUCUCGGGCUCCUGCUGCCCGGGAUAUCCUCCUGCACCAGCAGCAGCACCACUACCACCCGCAGCAGCAGCAGCAGCAGCUGGUACGGCAGUGGUGGGCAACGGUGGCGGUAUUGAGGGUGUCAUGAUCGGCCGCGGCGCCUACAACGACCCAUGGGGCUGUCUGGCGGAUGCAGACCGGGCGGUGUUUGGGGAGGCGGCCAACCCCGCCCCCUCGCGCCGCUGGGUCAUACAGCGCUACCGGGAGUAUGCGGAGCCCAUGGUCGGCAGGUGGUUUGUGAAGCCGGACGGCCACGCCGACCCCUCCAUCCGCACGCUGAUGCGGCCGCUGCUGAACCUCUUCCACGGCGAGCCGGGCUGCAAGCGCUGGAAGAACGCGGUGGAUGAGGUGCUGCGGGCGGGGCCGAGCUCGUUUGGGGAGGUGCUAGACCGAACGCUGCACAUCAUACCAGACCACGUGCUCGACGCGCCGCCCCGCCAGCCCGACCUCGCCUCCCUGCCGCCCUUCCCACUCGACCCGCUGCUGCCCGAGCCAUCCAGCCGUGCGGGGAUCAACCAGGCGCCGCCCGGCUCCAAGACACGCAAGGGAGCGACUGGCAACAGCGACGGCGCUGCUGCGUCGGAAGGAAUGGCCACACAAGAGGCGGCGGCCGCGGCGGUGUGCUUGUCUGCGGAUGCGUCACA